GAAGAAGAAUAUUAAUUAAUAUUAUACUAAUUCAUUAAUAUAAUAUAAUAAUAAAUUAAUAACAUACUAAUUCACUCACACACACACACACGAGGGGACAUUAUGGAUUGACGCUUAGAAAUACAUUGCUAGCGGCAGCCAUAAAUGUAAUUGGAGCUGCGAUAUGGCCCAUUUAAAUAAUGGCAAUGCAGCUGCGCCACCCAAUACGCAUGCUGUUGUUGUGUGGGAGUAUGAAUCUCGUGGAGGCAAGUGGUUGCCUUAUUCCCCAGCAGUGUCGCAGCAUUUGGAGCGUGCGCACGCGAAGAAGCUAACUCGUGUUUUGCUGAGCGAUGCUGAUCCAGAACUAGACAAGUUUUAUGUGAAUGUGAGAACAAUGACACAGGAAACGGAGGAAGGUUCGGGUCGUUCCAUGGUGGGUGUUAGGCGUAUGUUUUACACACCCACAUCACCAGCUGGCAAGGGCACAAAAUGGGAAUGGGCUGGUUCUGUUGCAGGAGAUUGGCAUCCUUACAACAUGGAGGUGCAGUGCAUCAUUGAGGACGCCUGGUCGAAGGGCGAACAGACGCUUGAUUUAUGUGGGACAUCAAGUCUUCCAUAUACUAUUAAUUUUUGUAAUCUUACGCAAACACGUCAACCAAGCGGUCCAUUAAGAAGUAUUCGACGUACACAGCAAGCGCCCUAUCCUCUGGUAAAACUUACUUCGCAACAGGCUCAGCAAUUGAAUCCUAAAUUAAAUUAUUCGGAAUAUGGACCGAAAAGGAAUAAUACUCUUCCAAAAUUAUCAGCCAAAUCUCAUUGCGUUGGCGUUGAGAGCAAUAAACAUCAGCAACAACACAUCCAUCGGUUGGCAUCAAAUGGAGUGUUUUCCAUGCCCCCAUCAAGUGGCAGCCGCCAGCAACAUAGUCUCCCAUCUUCUUCAUCGUCUCACAAUCAAGUCCAACAAUCUCAGCCAAAUACUUCGCGUAAAUCUGGCAAACGCAAUGGCGAACUCUCCACAGCGAAUCUCAGGCAAAUUUUGAACAAUCUCAAUAUUUUUGGCAGUAGCAGCUCCAAACACCAGUCUUCUUCACACAAUCAUGGUAUUCUAGGUUCAUCAUCGUCAUCUGGCAGCAACAACCAGCAUUCCCAGCCAUUUUCACAUUCUACUAGUGUACUCACAUCCUCCAUGAGUAGCCAUCAUAGCCGUUGCUCGGAGGGAUCCCUGCAGUCCAAGCAUAGCAACCGAAUGAGUAUGCAUCGGUCGCGUUCGCGAACUCGCGCUUCCGAUACUGAUACGAAUAGUGUGAAAUCUCAUCGUAGACCCAGUGUCGACACGGUGUCUACAUAUUUAAGUCACGAGAGCAAAGAAAGUUUGCGCAGUCGAAAUUUUGCCAUAUCCGUUAAUGAUCUUUUAGACUGUUCACUAGGUAGUGAUGAAGUGUUUGUGCCUUCAUUACCUCCACCCGCAUCAAUGUCAUCUGUCUCCGCUUCGAUGAUAACAGAUAGGGCGCCCGCGCCCCCACCCAUUCCCAGCUCGGUCUCUGUUUGCGGCUCUGUGGCGACGUCUGGUACGUCGUCGAUUAUCUCCCACUCCUCGUCGUCGCAACAACAGCCCAUAGCCGGCUCGAUUGUUGGUGUAGAUCCUGCGAGUGAUAUGAUCUCACGAUUUGUUAAAGUUGUUGAUCCACCACAGUGGCCAAAUGCUCAGCCAUGUCCCAUGUGUAUGGAGGAGCUGGUGCACAAUGCACAGAACCCAGCAAUUGCCCUUAGUCGGUGUCAGCAUUUAAUGCAUUUGCAAUGUCUUAAUGGCAUGAUUAUAGCCCAGCAAAAUGAAAUGAAUAAGAACCUAUUCAUUGAGUGUCCCGUAUGCGGCAUAGUGUAUGGCGAGAAAAUAGGAAAUCAACCCAACGGCACCAUGUCUUGGACUAUCCUCAGCAAAAGUCUCCCUGGUCACGAGGGUCAAAACACCAUACAAAUUGUAUAUGACAUUGCUUCUGGAAUACAAAAUUCUCAGCAUCCACAUCCGGGCAGGGCAUUUUUUGCCGUUGGCUUUCCUCGUGUGUGCUACUUGCCGGACUGCCCCCUGGGCCGGAAAGUUUUGCGUUUCCUAAAGAUAGCAUUCGACCGCCGUUUGUUGUUUUCCAUAGGUCGCUCUGUUACCACUGGUCGCGAGGAUGUCGUUAUCUGGAAUAGCGUUGAUCACAAAACACAAUUCAAUAUGUUUCCGGAUCCCACCUAUUUGCAGCGUUGCAUGCAGCAACUAGUGCAUCUAGGUGUUACUGAUUGAUCAUACAAUAAAUCCUUCUAAAGCACUUGUCAACACCGCCUUAUUUCCCAAUCUAAACAAGUGCAAUUCUCCAGAAUCAUAUACAUACCACAAUAGCGAUACACACACCGCUACACCAGUUUGAGAUACUCAAACUUUAAAUUGAACUGACUUUUUGCUAAACAUAACAACAUAUUUAUAUACUCCAAGUUUGACAUUAAGACCAAUGGGAGACCUAGUGUUUAUAGCUGUUGCAGAUUGCAACCCAGCUUUUCGUUUUUCAGCCAACUCUUGUUUUUCAAUUGCAAACAAUUCUCAAUUCUCGUAACACAAAAACACUUUGUCUUUUAUUGUGAUUUUUAAUUAUUGUUCUUCCAUUUUUAUAAAGACUAUGUCAUUUAUUUUAUAUAUAUAUAUUUUUUAAUAUGCGAAUAUUAUUUUAUGUUUCGUAGAUGUAAGCUUUAGAAAUGAAUUAAGCUAUCCUAAAUACAUACACACACACAACAUACAGGCGUGGUUUGUAUUUUAAGGUUCAUUAUGCCCUUAUAAAUUACAAUAACAAUCGUCGAGUAUUAAUUACAAUAUAAUAUAGUUGUAAUAUUUUUUUUUUGUUUUACCUAAUAGACUUUAGAAAGAGAAUAUUAAACGUAUGUAUUUGUUCAUUCAUCAGAAGAGAGCCUUACUCAGUAAAUACUGUUUGGUUCACAUAAUUCUCGCAAAUAUUAAUAAAUCAUCAUUAAAAAAAUAAA